CCCAAAAUUGAAAGAAAAGAAUAUCUUUCCUUGCACAAUGCACAUCUUUUUUCAAAUGUAAACGCCUAAAGGUUGACUUCGUGAAUUUAUAUAAGUGCCUAACACUUCUUUCUUUGGCGGAGAUAUUUUCUUUUCCAGGAAAACCAGAGGAAACGGCAACAGGGACGACCUUGAGAACACAUUAACAAAAUGGCUGGUCGCUUGGGAUUGAUAGCUACCUUGAUUGUUGUGGUGGCUUUGUUCAAGACUACAGCUGCAGAAACUUACACGGUGGGAGAUGAACUGGCCUGGACCAUCCCUCCUGGUGGCCCUAUCGCAUAUUCCACUUGGGCUAGGACUAAAAACUUUCAGAUCAAUGACACCAUAGUGUUCAACUGGACUGAUACACACGAUGUGGCUGAAGUAUCCGAGGCUGAUUAUGACAAUUGCACAAAGACAAAUCCCAUUGGGACCAUCCAGGAGAGCAGCCCAGCAAAUUUCACAUUGGUUUCCAACAAUUCCCGUUACUUCAUCUGCACUAUCAGCAGCCACUGCGAGCUUGGCCAGAAGGUUACUAUCAACAUCGGAGAGUGGAAUUCUGCUUCAUCUCUGACAGUCGGCUCUUGUCUGUACUCCUCUCCACCAUGGUCAUUUCCCUGUUGAGUUUCCAGAUUUAGAUAACGCCCUGUCAUGGCAGAUUUUUCUUCUUUGGCCACUGUUCCAUUGCUUUGGUUUAAUAGUGCCCAUACCACAUAGUAGCAUUUUAUUUCAUAAUUUUCGGAAUCAAUAAAAAUGAUAUUAUUAUAUGAUAAAUUGCUAUGGCAUUAUUACUGAACCUGUCCUAUUUCCAUUGUAGACAAUGGAAGCCUGAAACCAGAGCCUUGUUACGGGUUUCUUCAACAUUGCUGUUAGUCGCUUAAAAUUUAGGAUUUAGAACUUAAGGUUUAAUCGAUAAUCGGCAGAACCUAAGAAACACACUACUGCAA